AUGGUGUCUUCUGGAGUUUUGAGGAUCCUGGUGCUAGUCAUCCUUCUAGUGAAUGUCCAAGGAUUUACUCUGAGUGACUUGCUCUCUCCCAAGAGAUGCCCCAGAAUCCAAGAGAAAUGUGAAUUCAGAGAAAGGAAUAUAUGUAAGAAGAACAAAAAUUGUCCAGACAACAUGAAGUGCUGUGUCUUCAACUGUGGAAAAAAGUGUUUAGACCUCAAUCAAGACAUAUGCAGUUUGCCAAAAGAUCCUGGUCCCUGCUUGGCUUUGUUUCAUCGUUGGUGGUAUGAUAAGAAAAAUGAUACCUGUGCCAGCUUUAUCUAUGGCGGCUGCCAGGGAAACAAUAACAACUUCCAAACCAAAGACCUGUGCCUGAACAUGUGCUCCAAGAAACGGGUGUGCCCUAAAACAAAAAUACCAUGCAAAAUUGAAGAAAUCAACCAAUGUUCGAAGAGGAAACCUUGCCCAGAGGACAUGAAGUGUUGCAAGUUUAAUUGUGCAAAGAAGUGUGUAACCCCCAAAGAAGGUAACACAGAAAUCUCCUGA